AACAAUAUUUCAGUUUUCCAUACAUAUAACAUUAAUUUUAAUGCCUUGCAGAUCCAUUCCAGCCGAAUGCAGGUAGUUGCACUGAACUACACCAAGAUAACGUAUUAUCUAAUCGCUCCCAAACCAAACAAACAUACCCUAUAUUUUGACAAAAAACUGACUCUCAAGUAGCAUUACCAUACAAUGAACUCACGAAAAGCGUUUUAAAUGCGUGAUAACGUACGACAUAUGCGAGAUGCGCACUUAAUUUUCAAGGUGCAUUCUUCUUCAAGCAAAUCUAUACGAAAUAUAUCUCUUGUCUGUUUGUAAAUCGUUAGUAUUUGUACACGUAUAUAGUACUUUGGAACCCAAAUUGUAAAAUUUUAUAUAACAUUACAGGAAUCACAGCAAUUUGCAUUGAUAAUAGUUUGAACUAUGCGGAUGGUGGUGUUGAUUUACAUGUCCGCAUUCAUUCUGGUUGGCGUCUGUGGAUUUCAAUGCCUCGAAUGUGAUGACGUUCUGAAGCCAACAUAUUGUGAUACCGUUACACGUUGCGGAAUUCAUGAGCAAUGUUAUGUGGAUGCCAAACUUAGUACUGCCGGCAGCAUACGCUACAGCCUGGGAUGUAGAGAUUCAUCGCGCUGUAGCCAGACCCAUAAUGUCGCGAAACGGGAUAUCUUACAUACGCGCCACAACUCGUCUUUUAAAACUGAUGUAAGAAUUUUUCAAAACAGGCGAUCUGGGGGAAAUUGGGUUUGCAGCGAGUGCUGCUCUGGAGAUCUUUGCAAUAGUGCAGGAUGUGGAAGCAAAGGUUAUCCUUCCCAGAGAGGCCCUAUAUGUUUCAACUGUCCACAACAAAAUACAGAGGAUGACUGCAAUAAGAUAACCAUGUGUGGACAAGAUGAGCUGUGUAUGUUGCAUAAAACGAUGGAUCCCGUUAUUCAUGAAACAUUCUACGAAAGCCGAUGUGAAGGCGAGCAGAAAUGUAAUGACCAACUCUCAAGAUACAAACUACUGCCGUCCGUUCUGGUUGGCAAAAGGCGAAGACGAAAUGCAGUUAUUUACCACUCAUGCCGUUUGCAGUGCUGUAAAACGUCCCUCUGUAAUGCGAACUGUACCAAUGAGUCAAUAAUUGACAGUAAACUUUCAACAGAUCGUUUGUCGGCUAUGAAAUUGGCUACACGAACGACAACUAGACCAAACACAAGCGCAAGUACAAGUACUACUAGCUCACUUGCAAUGUCGACGUCAAGCACGGUCAUGUCAUCUACACAUCAAGAUCGUUUGUCGGCAACAAAUUUGGCUACAAAAACGACAACUAGACCAAACACAAGCCCAAAUAUAAGUACUACUAGCUCAACUGCAAUGUCAACGACAAGUUUGGUCAUGUCAUCUACACAUGCUUGCAACGACGUCUUGCCUGAAUGUGCAUCAACUGACAGCAAAAAUACAAUUUGUCUUUCUCAAGUGUUAGCGGCGAAAUACUGCCGCAAAUCAUGCGGAUAUUGCAGUACAACGUCAAUGUUUUCACAAUCGUCAACUGUAUCUACCAACACAUCUGAACUGUGUCAGAGGCGCUGGUCACCCUGGAUUAAUAAUGAUUCACCUUCAACUGGAGAUGGUGAUAGAGAGAGCUGGACAAAGGCCGAGCAGCAUGCAUUCUGUCCUAAUGGUAACGUCACAAGUAUCGAAUGUGUAACACAAAGUGGUAUCCACUAUUACAGUUCAGGAGAUAUAACGGAUUGUACACCAGAAAGCGGAUCUGUCUGUUUGACUGAGUAUAACUUUCCAGUACCUUGCAGUGAUUACAAGAUCAGAUACCUCUGUACCUGCGAUGGAUAGUACUUGUGUAUUUUGGGACUGCUUGAGUUCAGGACCCCAGAAUAUUUUAAUUAUUUUCUAUUUCAAUUUCUGUUUGUGUUGUCAUUUCAUGUAAAUCCCCUUUUUACAUUAAAGGUGUUAUAUGAAAUCAUAUAACAUAAACACUGCUGAUCUUACAAUAUGGAUCAAACAGCAUUAAAAUAUGUAAAUAAAAUCGGCGCCAUCUGAAACUCGCUUUGUCCUUUAUGACAAGUAACACCAAGAGUACAACUAAUUAAAUUCAAGUAUUCGAUGUUAGUUUUACUCCUUUGCAGUAAAAUUUGGAAUCAUAUCGAAGUAAUUGCCGUUAACAUCCUGCAUAACUGAUUUGAUUUUUUUUUAUUUUUUGCCUGGUCUCCACCCACUUCAUAACAUACACACACGCGCGCGCGCGCGCGCACACACACACACACGCACGCGCGCGCGCGCACGCACACAAACACACAUGUGCAGAAGCACAUAUUUACAAAUAUAUGCAAUUUCAUGCCAAUUAAUUUUAAUAACAUUGAAUGUGAAAUCAUUAUUAUUCGUAUUUCAUUUCUAUAGAUCCGCUUUUUGAUCGUUUUCUCUUAUAUUUUCCUUAAACGUAAUUUUAAAGAUGUUCUGAAAAAGCUUAAGUUUUUUGUCGUAAUCGUUUUGUUUUUUUUUGUUUGUUUGUUUGUUUGGUUUUUUUGUUUUUUUGUUUUUGUUUUUGCUUUUUUUUCAUUACUGGUUGUUUUGCAUAAUGGUACCAGACCAGAAGGAAAAAUACAACUGUAUACCUUACCCCUGUGUAAACUAUGACAUUGUACUCAACGGGAAAGUAUACUAGCCCAUUUCUCACCUAAAACGCGCCGUUAGACAAAUGCGUAAUGCACAUUCAACAACUUGUAAUUUAUAUUAUAUGGAUACUAGAACUAGAACUGUUGUGCUUUCUGAAGUAAGGACUCGUUUUAAAUUUCAACUGUAAUCAAAUUUUGGCAAUGACAGCAAAAACGUUUGGAUCUUCAUGAGUUACCGGGUGUAUUAACAAAAUAUGGCGCAAGGCUGACGGAACGUGUUCUGCAAAAACAAUGCAUAUCAAGAAUGGAGAGAUAAAGCUAAUUUUUGACAGAUCAUGAAAACUACUGUCAAACUUUUACAAGUGGAAAAUGACUUAUUACAUAAUUGGUGUUAUUUCUGCCUUCGAAAACGGUUUUCUUUAAAAGGGUUUUCUGUACUGUAGUUUACAACUCAUAAAAUAAAACAAUAAAAUAACUGAC